AUGCCAGCAACAUUAGUAGAUUUGCGACCCGAUAGGCGCCUUUUAGAUCAUGAAUUUGAAGGAUAUAAGUUGAAUUUGCAAAAUCUCCCACAUUUCUGUCAUAAAUUGCCCUCACCGAUUUCUGGGAUCAUCAAUACAACUAUUAUUAUAUCGAUAACCAACAGCAAAAAGCCUGGUGACUUUAAUCUCUGCCUUACCUUCCCAUCUGAUCACAUAGCAGUGGUAAGUGAUGGAACUGGUUACCUGCAUAUUAUUGAUACUGGAAUUAGGAAUAGACCUGCAAGUGACAAACAAACAUGGCAAACAUUAUAUUCAAGCUUAGCUCUUGGAGAUGUAAAAAAAUUUAUUAUGAUAGACAUAAAAAUGCAAGAAAGAGACAAUAUUGAAAUAUUACAUUGCUUAUUACAAUCUAUUGAGCAAAGUGAAAAACAUUUCAACUCAGUGCUAACAUGGGUAUCAUAUGGCAAUGAUGGUCAAACAUGGAAGGAGUUAUCAGUUAAACAAGUUAAAGGAAAAGGUAUUGUUCAUUAUGCAGCUCUUGAAACAAGUUGUUCUGCCUUAUAUGUGGCUUCUGAUAAUUUGUUUAAGUUUACAUCAGACUCUGAAAAGGAUAUUGUAAUCAAAUCUGUAGAAGAACCUAGACAGAUUAUUUACACCUGGCUCCAAACUAAUGAUGAUAUAUCAAUAACUCUCAAAUUACAAAACAACUUUGAUAAAAAACUUCUCUUUGUUAAUGUUACACCUUUGUCUGUUAAAAUAAGUUAUGGAGGGAAAGAAUUUGUCCAGGGUCGAUUAAAGCAUAAAGUGGACAGUGAACUGACAACAUGGCAUAUUCAAGAUAGUGGCCAAGUAGAUGUUCUAAUAACUAAGUCGGAAAGCUUGAUUUGGGAUGAAUUAAUUGAAGGUGGUGACAAAAAUGGGGAGCAAAUACUAGAUGCAAGUCUAGUUGAUGAGGUUCAUAAGAGACUGGCUCAUUUGUGUUCUGAAACAGAAGUAAGGGAAACACAAACAAUACCUGGUCUAAAUACUCAAGAACUUGAAGAAUGUGAUGCAGUUUCAGAAGAAGAUACUGUUUUAGUACGAAUGGAUAUAACAAACCAUGAAAUAACACACAGAGUACCACUAAGUGUACAUCAGUACUUAUUUGAUAUUAAGUUAGAAACCCAUGAAGUUCCAGCUUUAGCUCUUAGACAUGAUGUUGAUGCUUGUAUUUGGCAGCCAUUUGCACAACUCAUUAAUUCAGAAACAUGGCCUAUUAAGCAUCAUGGGACACUUAUGGCUUUUGGAUAUGUGCAAUCUUCAAAACAGAACAAAAAAUUUGUCACUUGUUCACCAAACUUUUCUUAUAGUGUUGUCUGUGAAGCUACUCGUCACAUAUUUAUUUACAAGAGUUCAGCAAAUCAAGAUUGCCAGUUACGGAAGAGAACGGCCGGUGUGAUGAAGAAUAUCAAAAUUGGCCAACAGCAUGUAGUCAAUAUUGAUAAAUAUGGAGAAGUUUUAGGAAUACAUGCAACUAAUGACUACUUGUUUAUACUGACUGAGACCAAUUUUGUAGCUAUAGGUGUG